AUGCGUUCGACCCAGCUUUUGGCUCACCUAUCGCUGUUUCUCUCGUCCGCCAACGCCUUCUACUACUUGGAUGUUCCGCAAAUCUGCCCAUUUGUCGAUGGCUGCAAAUCUUCGGGGAAGGAGGCAAGGGGUCAGGAGACGCUCGCAGCAGAUGUGGUGAAUGCCAUCAAGGCUGUCAAGAACCCGGCAUUCCACGUCGGCCCUCAGAUUAGCGACAACUCGGCCCAAGAUGCUCAGUCCGAACGAGUUGCCCGCGAAGUGGAUCGCCUUACUCAGAAGUACGCGAGGUUUCAAUCAGCAGCAGUAAUCCGCGAGAGAGCUCGCAAGACUAAGAGACAGAGUCUUUACCGCAUCAUCACUGCCGCAGACACCUCCCUCAAGAACGCCGCCCCCGUUGCUCAGGAUGGCACCGACUUUUCGUACUUCGCCCAGGUCAAGUUCGGUUCCAAGGCCAAGCCGUUGUGGAUGCUCAUCGACACCGGAGCAGGUACCAGCUGGGUGAUGGGUUCUUCUUGCAAAUCAUCCGCCUGCGAGAAGCACGGUUCCUACGGACCCAGUGACUCGGACACCCUCAAGGACCUUGGAGAAGACUUCUCCGUUGCUUAUGGCUCUGGCUCCGUCAAGGGUCAGAAGAUCUCCGACAGCAUCUCCUUCGCCGGCAUGAACUUCGAUUUCCAGUUCGGUGUUGCCAACGAGACCUCCGAGGACUUCAACCAUUUCCCGUUUGACGGAAUCUUGGGCCUUUCGAUGGCCGGUGGAGAGACCGAGAACUUUGUUCAGGUCGUCGAGAACUCCAAGCAACUCGAUGCCACUGUUUUCUGUGUUUACUUGAGCAGAGCUGCCGAUGGGCCGAACGCAAGUGAAAUCAGCUUCGGCUCCUGCAACCCUGACAAGUACACCGGCGAUUUCACCUACACCGCUGUUGGCUCUCAGAACGGCGACUGGGCGAUUCCCGUGGACGGCAUUGCUUACGAUGGCCAGAAGUCCGGUGCGGCCGGCAAGCUCGCCUACAUCGACACUGGUACGUCCUACGUCUUCGGCCCGCAAACCGAUGUCGCCGCGUUCCACAGCAACAUUCCUGGCUCCUCUUCGGACGAUGGCACAACUUUCAAGGUGCCGUGUGACAGCAACAAGGACGUGACCUUCACGUUUUCCGGUGCAAGUUAUGUGAUCUCCCCUAAGGACUGGAGAACCCAGAACUCGGACGGCACCUGCACGAGCAACAUCUACGGCCACGAGGUGGUUGCGGGAGCCUGGUUGCUUGGAGACGUCUUCCUGAAGAACGUUUACGCGGUCUUCGAUAAGGACCAGAAGCGUAUUGGAUUCGCUACUAGGAAUGAUCCAGCGCCAACUACCACUACCAGUAGCGCCGAUUCCGAUUCCACGCCCGACGUGGUAAACCAACCCGGCAUCACCACCCUCGUCUCUUCGAAGGCAACUGCCACACCCUCUCUUGGCCUCGGCGGCCACGAAACAUCUGCCACUGCCGCGGCGGCAUCCACCACAGGCAACUCGCAGUCUGGAGCGGUCUCAUUUGCCUCGCUCUCUCACGUCAACGUGGCCGCCGCCGCGUCGAUCUGCCUCUUUGCCAUGUUUGGACUGUACUAA